UGUGCCACUUUCAGGUCUCCUCACACACUGCUGGUGUGUUCAAUUUUUUGUCAUAGGGUGCUGGCAGAUUACGGGCCUCCUAUAGCUGCUGCCAGGCCCCUAAUCUGCCAUGGGCCCCUAUACCGCCUCCUCAUGCUGCUGCCAGGUCCACAGUCUCUCAUGGGUCCCUGUACGGCCUCCCAUUGCUGCUGUCUCCAUCGCCACACUCUGCCAUGUGCCACUUUCAGGUCUCCUCACACUCCUGCUGGUUUCCAUUUUGUCAUAGGUUGCUGUAUGGCCUCCCAUUGCUGCUGCCUCCACCGCCACACUGUGGCUCCAAACACUGGUUUUGGCCCCGUGACUGGCCAAAUGAGUGAAGUGUGCGGUGAUUCUAAGAUCGACGGCACUCAUCUGCAUGUCAUACUGAGUGACAGUAUUAUUUCUCUUCCCCAGAAGACUCCAAGGGCAUUUAAAUUAAAGGUACAGUGUUCUGCACUAAUAUUA